GAGAAAUCUAUAAAUAGCCACAUUCUCAUGUAUUUGAGCAUCAAUCAGCUUUCGGCAUCUUCAAGCUGCCCUUGAAUUCGUUUCUUUGACGAUUGGAGGCAUUAACGCGAAGCACGAAGAGAUGGCAAAUUUCAGGGACUAUAACUCACCUUCCUCAAAACUUAGAUAUCUCAUCAUCGAGACUGAAGAUGGCAUAGAAUAAACCAAGCUUUUGGUUCACACCUCACAAGCCGGCCGAUAUGCAGUCCCAUGACCUCCUCUAAGGAACUUUCUUCAUGUAGAGAAGUGGACCUUGGAACACAAAUCUAUUUCUAAUCCAUUAUCCAAGAUCUAAGUUUUUAUUGUGCAGCCUUUCUUACCCUUUGAAGGCCCAUGUUCAUCAUGAUUACAGCGGGCCCAUUGUAUAUUUACCUGGCACGCCAACAUCUGAGUUGCAUUUUAGACACAGCUAUUGGACAUUGUAUAGGUGUUCUCUUAUUUUGUACUACUUUAAUUAAUUAUUAUAAUUAUAAAUACUCACUGAAGUUUUGCACAUACAGUAACUUUCAUAUGGCAUCCUUCUACACUUCUACACAUGCUUUUCAAAAACGUGGGGGCCACUUUCACUUUAAAAAUCAUGUCUCAUACUAGAACAAAAUACAAAAAAAUUACAUAUAAAAUUUUCAUAAAUUAGGUUAUUGAUGCCGGUAAAGUUGUAUCAAUUUACUAAAAAGCCUUAAAGGGUAAAAGGGAAUAUGGAAUGAUCAGAUACAUAAUAUUCGUGAAAGUUAUUAAAAGGUAAAAAUAGCUCGUAAAAAAAUGAGUAUACUAUAAACCAAAUAUAUACUAGCUCAAGACAGACGCAAAAUUCCAUUAUGAUUAGCGUGUCGUUAAUAAUUUCUUAGAAUCAAAUUUUGUGUCCCCUACUACAGAAAAAAUACUAAAUCCUUAUAGUUGAAUCUUUUUUUCCUUCUUAUUCGUGAGACAAGAAAAUUUCAAACUGGAGAAAAAACAACAGUUCUUUUUUUCCUAAGCAGUUGGGAUACACUUCAUAUUAUUAAAUUGAAAUAAUUGCAAUGCAAAAUCAAACAUAAUUGCUUGAUAGCGUUAACUUAAUACAGGUGGGGAAAAAAGUAACUUCGUACAAUUUUAUACUGAAGUGCUUCUACUAAUAAUACUUUUAAGGAUAAAAUCUUUUAUGUUAUAAGAAAGAAACAACGUAUAAUAGAGUAGUUGUAACUUAAAAAAUAAUUCAACAAAGCAAAACUUAUUAUAGAAAUCAGAGAUACGUGAACUCGAUAUAUUGAAAUAAUUAGUUUGAUGCAGGUUGAUUCUAUUUAUGGUAUAUAUGGUAAGACAAUAAUCUGCUAUGUCAAUAAUUACAAUGGUGAAAAAAUAACUUCUCAAAGUACCAUACGAACGACAAUGAAUAAGAAUUAGUAUAGACCUUGCAAAUAUGCAAGGUUGAAAGUUUGUUCAACACAUACCGAGCAAAGAAUUAAAAUUACAAAACUUAUAACAAAGAAACGUAGAACCAAGAAUGAGCUGGAAAAAAAUAUUCGCAAUACUAAUUUAAGCACUUUUCAUAAAAAAAUUUAUUAAAGAAAAAUUGACAUUGGCGAUAUAGAAAUGUAUAUUGGAACCUAUGAUUCAUUUUAUUGCUCUCGGAUUAAAAAGAUAAAAAAAUUAUUUCUAUUAUCGUGGAAGCGGCCACUAAUAUUUGCAUUAGGUUAGCUAUCUACAUCACACCCCUUAGAUAUGAUCAUGCGAUAUUUUUUACGGACCAUGUGUAAAUAUGGAAUGCCUUAUGCACUAAGCUAUCUUUUUUUACAAUUGAAUCCAAAAUAUCAAAUUGUAACCAGGAUCAAAUUAAUUAAUAAGUAAAAGAUUCAUAACAUUUAAAUUGUUGGGCCCGUGAUGAUCUAGUAUAAACAUAUGAUACAGUUAAACUAUACAAUAAAGAUGUUAUUAAACUACAACAAACGAUUGAAUCUAUACAAACAUUUGCCGUAAGUGAUUUUCUUAGUAUGGACAUAGUACUACCUCUUUUCUUCCUCCUAGUAGUCUGUGAUUCCCUUGUAAUCUACACAUAUGAGAUAUGACCCCUUCGCUUUCUCCAUUCUUUUUCCGCCAUUGAAAGUGACUUGCAUCUCAGCAAUCCCUUUUUAGCGACCCCCCAAUUUUCAUUAUACUUUUAAAAUAUCGACGUGACCUUAAUUUCUCUCUAGCUUCUUCUUGAACUCUGUUUUUAAACUGAAACGCCACUCCCAGUACAAGUGCUCCAUUAUUCUUUUGGAUAUCUAUAAUGCACAACGGGGAGCUCGAACUCUCUAACCAAGAAACGGUGUCAAGUUCUAAUUUUGGUGAAAUUCCAGAAUGUAGUUCCACGAAAAGGCUUUUCAAUGAAAUUCUCUCGGACAUGCACGCUUGUAUUCAUACCCACACUUGCAAUCCACCUGGUCCUGAUAACUCACACACACACUCUUGUUACCAUGUUCACACCAAGGUUGUUCCUCCCCCAAUCGAGGAUAAGAUCCUCAGUGAUGAUACUGCAGAGUCUGCAGAGAAUAAGAUAGGAAAGAAACGCCCUUUGAGUAAUAACGAAGCAGUUCGCAAGUACCGUGAGAAAAAUAAGGCUCGGGUUGCAUCAUUAGAGGAUGAGGUAGUCAGGUUGAGGGCUAUAAAUCAGCAACUGUUGAAGAGGUUACAGGGUCAAUCUGUCUUGGAAGCUGAAAUUACCAGGCUCAAGUGCUUGCUUGUGGAUAUUCGUGGAAGGAUUGAAGGUGAAAUUGGAUCUUUUCCGUAUCAGAAGCCAAUGGAGAGUGCGGAUGUAUAUCAAAACCUUGUUAAUCCUAACCUUCCUGGAGCUUAUGUGAUGAACCCUUGCAACCUACAAUGUGAUGAUCAGGUUUAUUGCCUCCAACCAGGUUCGGACGAGUUAAAUGGACAAGACCUCAUUAGUUGUGGAUUUGAAAAUCUUCAGUGUUUCGGUAAUCAGGGACUUAAGGAGGUUGUUCCUGGUUGUGCAUUGGGCGAUGGCACUCCUACUGCCAGCGCAUCUUGUGGGAAUAAGAGAAGAGGAGGGAAACACGCAGCAAUGACGAGCUGGUCAUGAACUGAAGGAGGUGUCUUUGAUCUUGAUAAUAAUGUACAUUGUAUUAUGUUUCUUCUACUUCUUUGGGAUUUUUUUUCCAGUA